AUGAUCAGUCUAAUUGAGGUUUAGUGCCAUUUCAAAUCAAAGAAGUACCCAAAUUUAUGUAAUGGUAAUUCAUUUAUUUUUAAAAAAGAGAUUUAUUUUUCCUCUAUAUAACGUUUAAAUGAUCUUUUGAACUUGUAGAUUAAAUUAAAUUUUCAGAAGUUCAUAUCAAUGUAGAAAAAACCAUACAAAUUUUAAUGUAUAUUAAGGCCAAAAAUGUUUAGUUAUUAAAGAGGAUAUUAUAUAGGUAGAGUAAUAGAAUAAUUAUAAUAGACAAUAAUCAAAAGCAUUUUUAAAAGUAGAUACUUUUAAUAUUACCAUCAGUUUACGUGUUUUGAUAAUAACAAUCCUUUACUAUUUACAAUUAAUGUUAGUUAUUGUUAACCAGGAUUAUUUUGUAUGUUACUUUUUUAAUCAUAUUCUGAAAUUAAAUCUUAAAUUAUAGACAGAAAAAAUAGAAAGUUAUUUUUAAUUUGCCAUUUAUUUUGGGAAGUCCAUUGA